GUCGCCGUGAUCGACCGAAAGGACCCUGAGAUAUUAAUCUUCUUCAUCCAACAGCACCUAGACAACAGGAAAAUCAAGAUGAAAUUUCCAACUGAGAAUCCAAGAAAGCCUGGGAGCAUGAACCCUCCACCAGUGGACGUUCAGACCAACCUGGUCCCCCCCAAGAAGGUGCAGCCAGGUAUGCUUCAGUCCAGCCUGGUGCAGGCCAGCUUGGCCACCAUGCAAAACCCGAUGGGCUGCCCUCUCCCGAGGCUCUCCGUCUCCUCCCGCGCCCCCAGCAUGGUGGCCAGCAUGGAGGCGGUGGCCGACGGCUCGGCCCCCUUCACGAUGAUGAAGCUGAAGACGGUGCUGGCAGUGUUUGUGGUGGUAGUGGCCUACCUGGUGGUGGGGGGCUUGGUGUUCCAGGCACUGGAGCAGCCCUUUGAAAACGACCAAAAGAUCACCAUCACAUCAGAGAAGGCAGACUUCCUGAAGAAACACCCGUGUGUGUCCCCAAAAGAGCUGGAGGCUCUCAUCAAGCACUCUGUGGAGGCUGUGAACGCCGGAGUGAAUCCCAUCGGUGAUACCUCCUAUAACUCCAGCCACUGGGAUCUGGGCAGUGCCUUCUUCUUCGCCGGGACUGUCAUCACAACCAUAGGGUAUGGUAACAUUGCUCCGAGCACUGAGGGCGGGAAAAUUUUCUGCAUUCUGUAUGCAAUAUUUGGAAUCCCACUGUUUGGAUUCCUCCUGGCAGGCGUCGGGGACCAGCUUGGUACCAUAUUUGUCAAAAGCAUCGCCAAGGUGGAGAAGAUGUUCCGGAAUAAACACAACCAGAUCAGUCAGACUAAAAUCCGUGUGGCCUCCACCCUCCUCUUCAUCCUGGUUGGCUGCAUCUUAUUCGUCACCAUCCCAGCUGUGAUCUUCAAACACAUCGAGGGCUGGACGGCUCUGGAGUCGACAUAUUUCGUUGUCAUCACUCUGACAACAGUUGGAAUAGGUGACUAUGUUGCAGGGGGAGACAGAAGGAUUGAGUAUCGGAAGUGGUACAGACCACUAGUGUGGUUCUGGAUCCUGGGUGGUCUGGCCUACUUUGCUGCAGUACUGAACAUGAUUGGUGACUGGCUGAGGGUGCUGUCCAAAAAGACAAAAGAAGAGGUUGGAGGGAUCAAGGCUCAUGCAGCAGAAUGGAAAGCAAAUGUGCGAGCAGAGUUUCGAGAGACACGUCGACGUAUGAGUGUCGAGGUCCACGACAAGCUGCAGCGAGCCGCCACCAUUCGGAGCAUGGAGAGACGGCAGCUGGGCUUGGACCAGCGUGCCGUGUCCCUGGACAUGCUUUCUCCAGAGCGCCGUGCCAUCUUCAACAGCCUGGACACUAACAGCUAUAAGACCUCCUCCCAGGAGAGUAUUGACUCCAAGCUUAACAACCUUCGACUGCGGGGGGCCGAGCAGUGCGACCAGAGCUCCAACCACCAGACCACAUCUGAGGACAACAUUUUCAACCGCCUGGGCUCCGUCACUAAGCUGGCCAAGCGCAACAGGAAUCGGGACCUGAAGAAGAACAUCCCCGAUGAGGCUCGCCGGCCUCACAGCGAGGCCUACGGAUGCAGCAUGACCACUUUUGACUGCAGCACACCCACUGCAGAUGAAGGUAAAAGGAAGGACGAAGGAGAGGAUGACAAUGAGGACAAGGAGUGCAACACUAGCUUGUCUGAUUUUCCACUGUUUGUGGAUGCUUGCAAGCCGCAUAUUGGGUUUAUUCCGGAGCAGACCAAAGAUAAUGAGAGUGAGAAAACACUUGAAACAGAGCUGCAUAUUCAAAUGGGCCCAUAGACAGUGUGUACUCCUACAAAAGGAGGAUCUAAAUAACACCAUUAGUGCCUUAGGUCUCCCUUAUUCAUGUGUGUGCUUAGGCAGAGACAACAUGUGUCCCAUUGUGGUAUACUGUAUUGUCCACAUAUUCACUGUGCCCUGUGGAUGUGAUGGACACACAUUGUGUUGUAUAAUGCAAGACCUGGUAGGGUUUCUAAAAUUGUGCUUAGCGAAAUGAUGGUUAUAUAUAUAUAUAUAUUAUUUUUUUUAAAACUCGGUAGCUAAUAAAGGAUAACAACAUGGAUCUUAGUUUUGCAGCUUUGGCCAUUAUUUUUCUCAGUUAUGAUAACACUGGACUCAACUAACGUAAUUGCUGAGCUCCAGAUGCAUAAUCUCCAAGCAGGAUGGGGUGAAGCAAAUUUGUUCCCUCAGUAUUUGUUCACUCAAUAUUCAGUGUUACCUACUCUAAACCAUAUUGGAUGUGUAGUGUUCACUGAAUAGCUUUUGUUUCAUGUUAGUGUGUACAUGCCAAACAAUAAACUGCUCGUGGCUCAUAAGCGCUAACUUUGGGUUCGUUCUGCAUCUUCUCGGAUUGCACGCAUAUCUCUAAUAUAUCCAUCCAUCCAUCCAUCCAUCUAUCCAUCCAUUUGCUUCCAGGCUUAGCAGGGAAUUCUAGUUGUCACUCUCCCCAGCAACGUUUUCCCGCUCUUCCUGGGGGACCCCAAGGCGUUCCCAGGCCAGACAAAAUAUAUGAUCUCUCCAGCCUGUUCUGGGUCCACGCCCAGGGCGUCUUACCAGUUGGAUAUGCCUGGAAAACCUAUAAAGGGAGGUGUCCAGGAGGCAUCCUGAUCAGAUGCCCAAACCACAGCAGCUGGCCCCUUUCAUCGGCAAGGAGCAGCGGGUCUACUCCGAGCUCCCUCCAGAUGUCUGAGCUCCUCAUUCUAUAUCUUAGGCUGAGCCCAGCUACCCUAGAAAGGAAGCUCAUUUCGGCCGCUUGUAUCCGCAAUCUCAUUCUUUCGGUCACUACCCAAAGCUCAUGACCAUAGUUGAGGGUUGGAACGUAUAUGGACUGGUAAAUCAAGAGCUUUGCUUUCUGGGUCAGCUCCCUCUUCACAACAAUGCUGCACCAAACCACCUGUCCACCUCCCGCUCCAUUUUGUUCUGGUACCAAGUACACUUAUGAACCGCCCAUGCUUGAACAUGGUGUUUGUUAAUGCCAAUCCAUGACUAGCACAGAAGUGACAACAACAACAAAGCACCACUCGGGUUCAGAUCAUGCAGGCCAUUCCUCCCAAUCACUUGCCUCCAGGUUUCUCCAUCGUUGCCCAUGUGAGCAUUGAAGUCCCCCAGCAGAACUAUAGAGUUCCCAGUCGGCGCCCUUUCCAGGACGCCCCCCAGAGACUCCAAGAAGGUUGGGUACUCCGAGGUGCUGCUUUGUGCAUAAGCACAAACAACAGUCAGAGACUUCCUCUCAGCGACUCGUAGUCACAAAGAGGUGACCCUCUUGUUCUCUAGGGAGAUCUCCAACACAGCAGUGCUCAGCCGGAGGCUCGUGAGUAUCCCCACACCUGACCGGCAACUCUCACUCUGGAAAACUCCAGAUAAGGCAAGAGUCCAGCCCCUCUCCAGGAGUUUGGUUUCAGAACCAGAGCUAUGCGUGGAGGUGAGCCCAACUAUAUCUAGU